GUUUCUACUGGCACGUCUUUAUUGGAUCGUAAACAGAGAGGGAUAACUAGCGAUGGCACUUUCCUACCAAUGCCAGGAUUUCCCCGGUAUAAAUUAAGUCGCGAGGGUCUAGUUAUGAUUUCGCUCAGCAAUUUAAAAUUUCUGUCGCCAUGUCUUUUUUAUCAUUAGGAAAAUAAACUGGAGCAGGUGUUUUGCAUCACACGUAGUCACGUUAUUCAGAAUAUACAUUUCCGGCUUAAAGGCAAAUUAAAAUUGUUAGAAAAUACAACAUUUGCUCGAGCGUACGUGAACAAAAUGUUAAGGUUCUGUUGGAGCCACGAUGGCGGUCUGUAGUGGCACAGUUGCAUUGAUUUCAAUGGUUUGAUGGUGGAAUCUCUCUUGCGCCGACAAGCUUCCUCUCUGUCAGCCCUUCACUCUAGCGGCGAGUAUGAGGAAUGUCUCCCGCCGCGGCUCUACUACUCUCCGGUUCUAUGUUUGUCAGACUUGAAAUCCGAGGGAGAGGAGCGAGCCGCCAUUUUCCGAACGUCGCUCUCCCAGAAACGGCAAAAAAAAUAACCCAGAUAAAACGGGAGAAUAUACUACAGUCUGAUUAAGAAUCAGGUUUGGGGAAAAAAGGGAAUAUUAGGAAUAUUAAAACUAUAUCACACUGAUUGGAAAGGACAGUUUUUCGUUUUGUAUAUUUAAACUCUGGUUUCUUGUUCGUUGUUUCGCCCAUUUCGUGAACCCGAGAGCAACACGGGGUUGCAGAAACCAGAAGCUCAUCAGAAACUGGUGCGCGUCUGACGGGGGAUUACCCAUGUAUUAGCUAUUCUCCCUGUUUUUGGGUCAUUUCUUGAUUUUUUUCCUUUUAAAUUACGGAGAUUUGUUGCUGAAAUUCCCCCGGACUCUGCUCCUCAUCACGUGGCUGUCCUCCUGCGGGGCAGUAGCUGGGUGGUGUGGAGCUGGCCCCUGCGCUCAGGGAGGCCCCCGCGCCCGCCCCUCGGCGCUGCAUGGCUGCGAUGGCGCCCGCUCUUACCGACGCGCCAGCCGAAGCUCACCACCUGCGCUUCAGACUGGCCCCGCCCUCCUCCACCCUCUCCCCGGGCAGCGUGGAGAACAACAGCAACGCCAGCAACAUCCUCCUCUCCGGCAGCGGCGCCGCCAAGCGCGGCAAGGCGCUCGGCACCAAGGCGGAGCCCGAGCUGGCCGAGGCCCCGCCCGCCCACCUGGGCAAGCUGCAGCCGCUGGUGGCGUCCUACCUGUGCUCUGAUGUGACCUCGGUCCCGUCCACCAAGGAGUCGCUCAAGCUGCAAGGUGUGCUCAUCAAGCAGGCCGUCCUCAAGACCCACGGCGUCCUGCCGGACUCCUACUUCAACAGCGGCGACUUCCUGCCGCGGAAGGCCCCGGGCGAGCAGCUCAAGGCCGCCAUGAGCGGCGGCCAGCCCGCGGCCCCGCCCACUGCCCCGCCCGCCCUCAACGGCCUGGCCAAGAAGCUGGCCAAGCCUGGCGCGGACAGGGACCGCACCGCCGCGGUCAACGGGGACCGCCCCCCCGCCGGCCGGGCUCCCCCGCCCCAGGCCCCGCCCCCGCGGGGGGACCCGGGCGCCCUGCUGAAGGGAGGGGCGGAGCAGCCGCAGCCCGAGGACGCGUCCCGCAAACCCGUCGCCCUGGCGACCUCCUUGGAGUUGGGGGGCCGGGACGCGCAGUGCUCGGCCCUCCCGCCCGCGGCGGACGGCGCCCCCGCCCGCUCGCCGCUCCCCGGCCUGGACGAGGAGGUGCGGGAGCGCACCGCGGCGCGCCGGGCGCGGCAGUGCGAGAUGGAGGGCCGUCUGCGUCGGCUGCGCAAGCGGCUGCAGGUGGUGCAGGCCAAGCAGGUGGAGCGGCACGUGCAGCAGCAGCUGCGCAGCCUGCUGCAGUCGGCCCUGUGCCCGCCGCGCCCGGCCGGCAGCUUCCUGCGCGGCGGCUCGGUGCCCGGUGAGCUGGACCGCCUGGCGCUGAGCGGCACGGCCGGCCUGCGCGCCGCGGAGACCGCCUUCGACUCGGACGCCACCGAGAGCAGCUCCGGCGGCGAGUCGGACGUGGAGGAGGACCAGCUGGCCCAGGCCGACCUGGAGAGGAGACACGUCUCGCUAUGGAGGCGGGCGGAGGGCCGCUUUGCGCUGGAGAGAGCCUCCAUCAUCAGCCACUGGAACUGGCUGCAGGCCCACAUCUCCGACCUGGAGUACCGCAUCCGCCAGGAGACCGACAUCUACCGCCAGCUCCGCUCCAACAAGGGUUUGAUAGUGCUGGGAGACUCCGCCCCCUGUGAAGUGUCCUUGGAGGAUGGGACGGAGGUGAAGGCGGAGCCGAUCCCCUGUCAUGUGACGCAGGAGCGCGUUGUGGGCGGGGCAGAGUGCGCUGACGCUGACUCUGGCCUGUGGAAAGGAUGGGCUCCUGGAAGACCGGUCAACGGGGUCCUCAACAGCCUGCUCCCCAGCCUGCCCGUCACUGGCUCCCCAGAGAGCUCUGACACCGAGGAGCAGCUCAGCAAGAAGCAGCGGGGCCUGCACCCCUGCUCUUCCUCCUCCUCCUCCUCCUCCGCCCAGGACGCCUCCUGUGUCGCCGCCCGCACCCGUCCCGUCCUCAGCUGCAAGAAACGGCGGCUCGUCAGGCCCAACGCCGUCUCCAACCUCAACCGCAAGGCCCAGAGGACGCCCGGGCCUCGCUGCGGCUGUGACGUCAGCCCCUCGUGCCUGAUGUGCGGCGGCCGCGGCGCCCUCACCGGGGACCUGCAGUACGAGCGCCCCCUGCUGGACCGGCUGUCUCAGUCCGACCCCUGCGUUCACCCCAUCCUCUCCUUCGAUGACGAUGUUUCCAUGAUGCUGCACCUCCAGGGGGCGCUGAAGACUCACUGGCAGAACAGACCGCUGGAGAAGUUCAAGCCCCUGAAGAAGCUCUCCCUGAAACACAAGCUCUCCGGCCGCCUCUCCGACCCUUCGUCCCCCUGCUCCUCUUCAUCCAAAGACAAACACAAGCUGUCCAACUCGCUCAUCGCCACCGUCAGGCUCUCUCACCAUAAGAUGCGGCAGGACCGGCUGCAGCACCGGCAGCAGCUGGACAGCCUGCUGAGCGCGUCCAAGCUGUGCAAGGAGCGCGUCCGGGGCCUGGCCUACGGGCCCUACGACCGGGGCCACAGCCGCAAGAGGCCCCGCGACCGCUCGCUGGACAGGACCGACCCCUCCUCGAAGCUGUUCCCGGACACCUGCAGCCCCUGCUCGUCAAACAGCCUGCACACGCCCACCCACAGCCCCCUGCUGCGGCAGCUGUCCACCUCAUCAGAGAGCUCCGCCCCCUUCGCCCUCAACAGCCAAAGUGCCAUCAGCACCCCGCCCAUUCGACGGCGCAGAGGCGAGAGCUCCUUCGACAUCAACAACAUCGUCAUCCCCAUGUCCGUGGCGGCCACCACGCGCGUGGAGAAGCUGCAGUACAAAGAGAUCCUGACGCCCAGCUGGCGGGAGGUGAACGUCUGCGCGAGGCCGAUUGCUGAAGAGGACGACGCCGUGGAGGUUGAGGAUCUGUCGGAUGUGGCGUUCUCCCAGCUGCACCAGCUGUGUGAGGACCAGGAGCGUUCCCGCUGGAGCUGGACCGCCAGCGCCAUGGCCAAGAGGCGGGGCAGCCGGUCAUACAAGUCUCUGGACGGGCGCACCACCCCCCUGCUGGGCGGGACCAACCCCUCCACGCCCCAGCCGUCGUCCCCGGAUACGGCGCACUUCCACUCGCUGCAGGACUACGGCCCCAUGGGGUCCCCCUGCAGCCCCGCCAGCCCCGACCUGCCCCCCCACCGCCUGCAGCCCAGCGAGGACACGCGCUGCUCCACCCCCGACUGCAGCUACGAGGAGCUGGUUCCCCAGCCGGUUCUGCCGUGGGAGAGCCGGACCUUCCCCCUGGAGUACGACCCGGCGACAGAGCCCCUGGACCCGAGCAGCCUGACCCCGGAACGCCCGGGACGAGCCCCCCGCCGCCUGUCCAUCAGCAAGCCUGAGAACGGCCCCGCCUCGCCAGACCCCGCCCCCGGCCCCGCCCCCUCCACGGAUGAGGGCUGGAUGCAGAAGGCCCCCGUGGCCCCCCGAGCGGCCCAGUGGUGAAGCACGUGGACGGACACUUCUCACCACCGUCACAAAAUAAAAACUACAAAAAACAGCAGAGAGAAAAAACCGACAAAAACAAAAAUAUAAUAAGAAAAAAAAAAGAUUCCUGUUGUUUGAUAUUCAAACAUCAGUAUGUUUUUUUCACGGUUUUUAGUGAACAUACAGAAUUAUAGAAACCUUGUUUUUAACUUUGUUUUUUUUGUCACAAGAAAACAAACCUAAAAAUGGAAAAAAAUGUAUUUAAAAAAAAAAAAAAAAAAAUACAACAAAAAAGAAAAAAACAGAUUAGAUUGAAGGCUAAACAAUGACCAUGGGGCUCUGUGUCUCUCUGUUAUGUUAGCAGCACACUCAUAGCGCACUGUGUGGUGGGGCGUGGCUCACUGGCUGGGAAGGGGUUUCUACUGAUUAACUGUGUCUUUGACCCCGUGUGUCUUUACAGUGGAGUGACCGUGCAAAACCAAACACAGAAAACGAAGAGAAAAAAGAACCUCCCCUUUAAUUUCUGUCGAGUUCAUGUGGCGCAGUUUCCUUUUAAGAGAACCUGUGUGUGACAGACAUCUUGUCCUAGAUACACACACAGCACUUCCUGUCCUAUAAGCUCUCCCAUUGGAACCUGUGUGUGACAGACAUCUUGUCCUAGAUACACACACAGCACUUCCUGUCCUAUAAGCUCUCCCAUUGGAACCUGUGUGUGACAGACAUCUUGUCCUAGAUACACACACAGCACUUCCUGUCCUAUAAGCUCUCCCAUUGGCUGGAGGAAAACCCACUUAUCCAACAGGAAAGAGCCAAGUAUUUACUUUGCUCCUUUCAUACCCACCCCCACUCAUCACUCUCUUCCCCCCUUUUUAAAUUGAGUCUGCCCAGCCCUGUUUCUGGAGAUAUACCGUCCUGUAGGGUUUCAUUUGAGCCCUGAUUUGGCACACCUAACUCUGCUAACUAGCAGCUCAGUGAGAUCUCUAGGUAUUGAAUGAGGUGUGCUUCGUUAGGGUUGGAGUGAAAACCUGCAGGACCGUAGAUCUCUAGCUGUUGAAUGAGCUGUGCUGUUUCACAGUUGGAAUCAAAUCCUUGAGGACAGUAGAUCUCCAGGGACAGUAGGCCGGGGCUGGGUGGCCCUGCUGUACAGGGGGUCCGUGUUCACCCUCCUGGGUUGGAUGUGGCAGUAUUCGUUUGUUAGUUGGAGGAUGGCAGAGCAGGUGAUUGGGUAGACGGGGGCGGAGUUUGUUGAAGUCCCGGAGCGUGCGAAAUGCCUGCCACCGGACACGCACUCGUUCAGGUGGCCCCCCCAUUACUUAGCAACAUUACCGCCCCCUGCUGGCUGUUAACCGUUACUGCAGCGCGGCUGGGGCUGGGGGGUGCUGUGUGGCAGCCUGACCAAAGGCACUGCUGACUCAGUCCUGGAGAAACCGUGAAAAGGAAACGUCAGUCAUCAUUCCUCCCCUACCCACUCCCGCCCCCCAUUCCCCGCCCCUGUACUUAACCGUCUCCGUGGAGACCAUUCCGAAAUAGAACAGACCAAUGGGACGAGUCGGGCAGCGGCGUACGGGGGGGGGUUUCUGUGAGCUCGUUCUCUGCGGAGACCCACGUCUCUGUUUGGUGGAAGUGUUCGUUUUAUUUCCUCCCCCUCAUUUUGCAAAGUGGGAGUCUUUUUUGUCCCCCCCCCUCCUGUGGUUUGAGUUGGAUUUGAUGGCGGACAGGAAAAAGAAACGUGUUCUCUCUAAAAGGAAGCCAGCCUUUCACGCCUAGCACUUGUGCUGAACGCCGCCCCAAACGUCAGGUUAGAGUUCUGAGGGGAAUCUUCCUUCUCUGGAGUAUUAGACUCCAGCUUCGCUGGGGGGUUUUUUGUUUUGUUUUUGUUUUGUUUUGUUUUUUGCUGUUCAGUGUGAUCACCCUUUCUGCAGGAGAAUACUUAGCCGCACAGUCCGCCUGGUCGUGUCACCCUGGCGUUGUGUCCAUGUCACGGACGAGCGAGACUUGUGAAUAUUAUUUGAAGCACUAUUUCCAUCUUCAGUGGCUAAUUGCUAUGCAAUCCAGAUUUUGCUAAUUAUAUAAACAUGUAAGUCAAUGGCUAGCAUUUACACCUCAGUUGAGAUUUUCAUUCAAUCCUGUAUCACUGAUUGUUUUUGUUUGUUUUUUUUUGUUUGUUUGUUUGUUUUUGUAGGGACAAACCGGUCUCUGUGUAGUCCCCUCCAUUUUGAUUUCUGCCAGUUACAGCAGAACCAGAUCGCAAAAUUGUUUUGUAAAUAGCAUCAUUAAAAAUCAUGUUAAAAACGA